GCGGCAGCGGCGGCGUGGAAACUGGCGUGGGCUGGGGGGUCCGAGCCGCGGGGGGCAGUGCCAUGCACAAGCACCAGCACUGCUGUAAGUGCCCCGAGUGCUAUGAGGUGACCCGCCUGGCCGCCCUGCGGCGAAUUGAGCCUCCGGGCUAUGGCGAAUGGGGGCAGGUGCCUGACCCCUAUGGGCCAGGUGGGGGCAACGGGGCUAGCUCUGGUUAUGGGGGCUACAGCUCGCAGACUCUGCCCUCCCAGGCAGGGGCCACCCCCACCCCUCGCACCAAGGCCAAGCUCAUCCCUACCAGCCGAGAUGUGGGGCCAGUGCCCCCUAAGCCAGUCCCAGGCAAGAACACCCCCAAACUCAACGGCAGUGGCCCCAACUGGUGGCCUGAGUGCACCUGUACCAACCGGGACUGGUAUGAGCAGGCCAGCUCCGCACCCCUCCUAGUGAACCCCGAGGCCCUGGAGUCCAGCCUCUGGGUGAAUGGCAGCGAUGGCAUGUUCAAAUAUGAGGAGAUAGUGCUGGAGCGGGGCAACUCUGGCCUGGGCUUCAGUAUUGCAGGUGGCAUUGACAACCCCCAUGUCCCUGAUGACCCCGGCAUUUUUAUUACCAAGAUCAUUCCCGGUGGAGCAGCUGCCAUGGAUGGGAGGCUGGGGGUGAAUGACUGUGUGCUUCGGGUGAAUGAGGUGGACGUGUCGGAGGUGGUGCACAGCCGGGCUGUGGAGGCGCUGAAGGAGGCAGGGCCUGUGGUGCGGUUGGUGGUUCGGAGGCGACAGCCUCCACCUGAGACCAUCAUGGAGGUCAACCUACUCAAAGGGCCCAAAGGCCUGGGUUUCAGCAUUGCUGGAGGCAUUGGCAACCAGCACAUCCCAGGAGACAAUAGCAUCUACAUCACGAAGAUCAUUGAGGGGGGAGCUGCUCAGAAGGAUGGACGCCUACAGAUUGGGGACCGGUUGCUGGCGGUGAACAACACAAAUCUACAGGAUGUGAGGCACGAGGAAGCUGUGGCCUCACUGAAGAACACAUCUGAUAUGGUCUAUCUGAAGGUGGCCAAGCCAGGCAGUCUCCAUCUCAACGACAUGUACGCCCCCCCAGACUACGCCAGCACUUUUACUGCCUUGGCUGACAACCACAUAAGCCAUAAUUCCAGCCUGGGUUAUCUCGGGGCAGUGGAGAGCAAGGUCAGCUACCCUGCUCCUCCUCAGGUCCCCCCCACCCGCUACUCUCCUAUUCCCAGGCACAUGCUGGCGGAAGAGGACUUCACCAGAGAGCCCCGCAAGAUCAUCCUGCACAAAGGCUCCACAGGCCUGGGCUUCAACAUCGUAGGAGGAGAGGAUGGAGAAGGCAUUUUUGUCUCCUUCAUCCUGGCAGGAGGCCCAGCCGACCUGAGUGGGGAGCUGCGCAGGGGAGACCGGAUCUUAUCGGUGAAUGGGGUGAACCUGAGGAAUGCAACUCAUGAGCAGGCUGCAGCUGCUCUGAAACGGGCUGGCCAGGCAGUCACCAUUGUGGCCCAGUACAGACCUGAAGAGUACAGUCGUUUUGAAUCGAAGAUACAUGACUUGCGAGAACAAAUGAUGAACAGCAGCAUGAGUUCUGGGUCUGGGUCCCUCCGAACAAGUGAGAAGAGGUCCUUAUAUGUCAGGGCCCUGUUUGAUUAUGACCGGACUCGGGACAGCUGCCUACCGAGCCAGGGGCUCAGCUUCUCUUAUGGUGACAUUCUGCAUGUCAUUAAUGCCUCUGAUGAUGAGUGGUGGCAGGCAAGGCUGGUGACCCCCCAUGGAGAGAGCGAGCAGAUCGGUGUGAUCCCCAGUAAGAAGAGGGUGGAAAAGAAAGAGCGAGCUCGAUUGAAAACCGUGAAGUUCCAUGCCAGGACGGGGAUGAUUGAGUCUAACAGGUCGAUCAAAACGAAACGUAAAAAGAGUUUCCGCCUCUCUCGAAAGUUUCCAUUUUACAAGAGCAAAGAAAACAUGGCCCAGGAGUGCAGCAUACAGGAACAGGGAGUGACAUCCAACACCAGUGACAGCGAAAGCAGUUCCAAAGGACAAGAGGAUGCUAUUUUGUCAUAUGAACCAGUGACACGGCAAGAAAUUCACUACGCAAGGCCUGUGAUCAUUUUGGGCCCAAUGAAGGACCGAGUCAAUGAUGAUCUGAUCUCUGAGUUCCCGCAUAAAUUUGGAUCCUGUGUGCCACACACCACCCGGCCCCGGCGUGAUAACGAGGUAGAUGGGCAGGACUACCACUUUGUGGUGUCCCGAGAGCAGAUGGAGAAGGAUAUCCAGGACAACAAAUUCAUUGAGGCAGGCCAGUUCAAUGACAACCUCUAUGGGACCAGCAUCCAGUCAGUGCGGGCAGUGGCAGAGCGGGGCAAACAUUGCAUCUUAGAUGUUUCCGGCAAUGCUAUCAAGAGACUGCAGCAAGCACAACUUUACCCCAUUGCCAUUUUCAUCAAGCCUAAGUCCAUUGAAACACUUAUGGAAAUGAACCGACGGCAGACAUAUGAACAAGCAAAUAAGAUCUAUGACAAAGCCAUGAAACUGGAGCAGGAGUUUGGAGAAUACUUUACAGCCAUUGUACAGGGUGACUCACUGGAAGAGAUUUAUAACAAAAUCAAACAAAUCAUUGAGGACCAGUCUGGGCACUACAUUUGGGUCCCAUCCCCUGAAAAACUCUGAAGAAUCCCCUCCAGCCAUUCUCUUGUGAACAGAAGAAAUCAAGUCCCUCUUCCCUCCUCCCUCUUCAUUCCUAUCCCUGUGGGGAGAACAAAUGACUACUGUUCGUAUCCCCUUUUUUAGAUAUGUCAAAAAUUGAGUUUUCUAGUCCUGUUCUUUCUUUUUUUUUUAAUUUUGGUUUUGUUUUAGUUUAUUUUGGGGGAUGAUGCCAUCUCACUCAUCAUGUGACUGUGCCCAUUCCUGCAUGGACCUUUCCCAAGCGCUAGCACAGGUGCAAAUCCAUCAGAGCCAUUGUUUUAAUAAAAACCAAGCAGAAGCGAAGAGAAGCGAGGAGGACUGAUGGAAAGACAGACUCUGGACAGCUGCACGGCUUGUGAAGUGAGCUAAAUGCACCAUGUGAUGAUGUGCUCCUGGGCAUUUCUACCCACCUGUACUACUGUCUUGCAGCUCAGAAUGGUGCAACGUAAUGGCAACAGAAAGUAUCUU